AUGACGACCUGGUCUCGGCUUCGACGAUCGCCGGUCCUAGUGCUUGUGUGUGGCAGGUCGACUUGUCCCUGGGAAUCGUUCUCUCCAAAUUUGAACCCUGUCACGUUUUUACCAAAAAGCAUUGUUAUUGGCAUCCAGUACAAGAGACCAUCAUACUGCAACCAAAAGGUGUACUGUCCUCGUAGCGAUUGUGACGUCAGGGUUCAUACCGUGGCGGACAGUGGUGUAACCAUACCCUGGAGCUGUACGUCUGAUGACAUGGUGAACAAAGUAUCUAUCGGGAUCCGCAACCUUCUAGCUGGACGACAUCUCAUUGCUAGCACAAAUGAGUGGCCCCCUUUUGUCAUCAAGAGACAGGCUGAGAGAGGAGGUAUCAUGUACGAGGGCUUCUGUAUUGAUAUCUGGAGAAUGUUAUCUGAUCGACUGAAUUUCACAUACGAGUUCGUGGAACCCAGUGACGGUGAGUGGGGAAAGCUUGUCAAUGACACCUGGACAGGGCUGGUCGGACAGUUGCAGAAAAGGGAAGUUGAUGUUGCUGUUGCCCCGCUAUCCGCCCAGCCGGCGCGCGCACCAGUUAUGGACGUGUCGCAAUCUUACUUGCAGCUGGAAGGGAAACUACUGGUGGCGCGAAGUACAGACACCCAGUUCCACAGUCUGCUAUACGUGUUCACAGCACCAGUGCUGGUUCUGCUGGCAGUGGUUCCGCUCUUAGUCGCUAUGUUGUUGGUAGCGCUAGAAAAGCUGAUGGGGAGAUAUAACAAUAAUAGCUGGACCAAGACGACUGGAGUAACAAAACUGUCAAACGCCAUCUUGCUGGUGUACGGUGCCGUAGUUUGCCAAGCCAGUCCCUUCCGGCCUCAGAGCGUGUCUGGCAGAACCUUGGUAGCUUUCUGGUGGCUUUUCGGUAUCGUAUUUGUCAACACAUUUUCAGCUUAUAUGAUUGCUAGCCUGGCGGCGCCGUCAACCAAACAUGACGUCAGUUCUCUCAAAGAACUCGUUAAUUCUCCAAACUACAAGUGGGGGAUGUUAGGCAGUACAAUAUUCCCAUUCAUUCUAAAGAACUCAAAAAAACCAGUGUUUCAAAAACUUUGGCAAGGGAUAUCAAAACUGAGUGAAGAGGAUGAAUCGAUUCUCAGUGAUGAUUUUGAAGUUCAUCUUCAGAGGAUGAGGACUGAGAAAUAUGCCUAUAUAGGACCUGUGCCUGCCUUGAAUUUUUACAACGCCAGUCACUGUGAAUUCAGGAGCGGGCGGGAUUCCUUCUUCACAGCUCGCUAUGUGUUCGGCCUGCCGAAGAAUUCGCCAUAUACAGAAGUCAUCUCCAGAGAGUGA